AUGAAUGAAUUUGACAAAUGUCAUACAUAUGUGACACCAAGCAUUGAUUCCAUCGGAACCCACUUUUCUCUCCUUAUUCCCUUUCCUUUCCCUUCACAACCACAUCCCAACCUAACCCUCGACGCCGCUCUUUCCGCUGCUCCUUCGUCACACGCUGUUGUCGCUGCUUCUGCUGUUUCUAUUCCUUCCCGUAAACAUAUGCUUCAUCUUCUUUCCCUCGGGUCAUUAAAACCGACCCGAAUCACUCACUGCACCGUCUUCUUCCGUGCCUAUCCAACCCACUAA